AUGACAACACGAUUUGGUCGUCUGAAGACGUUAGAUGAAAAGUUUGAAUUUCUAUUCAACAUCAGCAAAUUGUUUGCUAAUGAUACCUCUAAUGAUAUUCAACAGCACUGUGCUACGCUGGCUGACUUUUAUAAAACUGAUAUCGAUGGAACUGAACUGUUCGUAGAAAUCAGUGACUGCAGUAUGUUGCUAGAUGCUACCCCAAGCAGCCCAUUAGAAUUACUUUCAUUUAUUAUUUCAUAUGGCAAUGACAUAUUUCCAAACUUGCGAAUUGCUUUGCAAAUAAUGCUGACAAUCUCUGUGUCAGUUGCUAGCUGUGAGCGUUCUUUUAGUAAACUAAAAAUCAUUUUAACUCAUUUGAGAGCUUCAAUGAGUCAGGAGCGUCUGUCAGACUUGGCAUUGCUAAGCAUAGAAAAGGAGCUGGUCGAAAGAAUUAAUUUUGAUGAUGUCAUUGACAACUUUGCUAGUGCAAGAUCACGAAAAGUAGUUCUAUAA